UUUGUAUGUGAAAUUCCAACUGUUUAAAGUGACACAGACCUUCCUCAAGAUGACCUAGAACACUGGCGGAGCAGAGGCGAGUCAGGUCUGAGCAGCAGCAGCAGCAGGAACAACAACAACAGCGGCCCGCCUAAGCACAGUGAUACCUGAGAGGUUGGUCACCAUGGCUGCCAGAGCUCCCCAGAGCCAGCCGCCUCUCUCCCAGGAGCUGGACGCUCGCUUCUCAGUCUUCCUAAAUCCUAUACGUGACUUGACCAAGAACUGGGAGGUGGACAUUGCCAAGUACCUGGAGGAGUACCUGGAGGAAUUAGCUGGAGUUAGACUGAGUCUGGAUGGAGGAAACACAUCAAUGAACUUUGCUGAGGCAGCCAUGUUAAUCCAAGGCUCUGUUACCAUCUACAGCAAGAAGGUGGACUUCUUGUGGCAGAUGGUACUGAAGACCCUUGACCUGCUUUCCAGCCGCCGUCACCUAGAGACUGGUGGGGAUGGUGUGGAAGUGGGUGGGACUGGAGGAGGGGGAGGACGCAAAGGCCGCUUAGAACUUGCCCUCUCCUUUUCAUGUGUGGACAGCAUUCAGAUGUCUACGAACAUUGAACUGCAGGAAGAUGAUGACAGUGACUCAAGACGGAAGAGUGUUAAAUUCCUGCCCUCCACUCCGCUCAACCUGGUGGAAAAGGAGAUAGAAAAGUCACAGAAUCGCAUUUCUCUCCUUUUGAGAAACAAUGAAAUGCUUGGUGCCAAAGAUGAUUUCCGGCUCACCCGUUCAUACCUGACCCCCAAGGGAAUGCUUCACUUGGAGGUGCCAGGGGAGAUGCUGGAAGCUGCUCUGGCCUUAGGCUCACAGACAGAAGAACCAAGUGGUGCAGCUAACAUUCCAGAACAAGUGGACCAGCCACCACCCUUAGAGGACCAUGCACCUCCUGAUAUGUUACCUCCAGCGGACCAACCACCCUCAGAGGACGACCCUCAAGAAGAGGACCAUUCACCUUGUGAGGAUGACUCAGUUCCUCCAGCAGAGGAUGAGUCACUCUUAGAAGAGGACCAUUUACCACCAGCAGAAGACCAACCACCAUCAGCAGAGGAUCCUCCAGCCCCACCAGAGGAGCCUCCACCUCAGGCACCAGACCCUGGUCCUCAACACAAAAACAAUAAUAACAAUAAUUCCCCCAUUGACAUUACCAAACAAAGAUACGGCCUCAGGAAACGAAACAAAGAUGACAAAGACGUUAUUGCUACACUAAAGCUCACUGACAAACUUAAACCCUUUGACCCAAAUGCUGACUGUCCACCAAAGAGACCACCAAGGGCAGGCCGCUUACGUGUGCCCACUCCCUGCCCUUGUCAUCGCCCCUCAGAGAGCAAGAAAAAGAAGAAUCAGAAAAACAAGAAUCUGGCAUCCAAGAAUUAUAUUCCUUUGGAGGAGUUUAUCACGGGUGAGCUGAAAGAAGUGCUGAGCAAGAAGUCAAAGAGAGACAGAACCAAGAAAGUGCCUCCAGAAAUUCUUGAAAAUGCUGCUGAGGAAGAAGCAAAUAGGAUCAGUGAAGUGAAGAUGAAGAUGGUAAGGCAGUUGAGUGAGAAAGGAGUAUGCAGGGAGGAGGCACUGGAGGUUGCUGAGGAGGCCGGGGAGGAAGCCAGAGUCUCUCCCCAGUAUGAGGAAGAUGAUGACCCUCUGGCCAGUGACACUCCUGUUGACCUGGAUCUGGAAAACACUGGAUUUGUGCUGCCUGAGGCACACCCUGAGGAGCAGUUGCCUGAGAGUGCCAUUGCUACUCGUAUCAAUGACUCUGUGGCCAGUGAGGAGCCAGCCUCAGAAUAUGAGGCUCUAGUGCUGAAAUGGGUAGCAGAUUAUGUCAACAGUGCCCAGGAAAGCAUCAAAUCAACAGAACUUGAAAAAAGAGUCAAUAAUUGGCGUAAAACUGUGACACCCAAGCUACAAGCAGAGGAAGCCAGGACUGAAUUUGACAUCCAUCGCUAUGGGUCCAUGAUUCUUGGUCACUUCCCUAAUGAUGGGCGCAAGCAAACCAUUCCCUUCAAACAGCUGAUGAUUGGGACGGAGGACCCAAGGGAAGUGGCUCUUUUCCUCUCCAGUCUCAUGCUGGCCAACAGCCAUAAUAUUGAACUGAGCAAGACCAGUCCUGAUGACAUGGCCAUGGACUGCCUGGAACUCACCCUCAAGUCUCGUGUACGCCAUCAUGAAGAACUAGAAGAAUAUGCAGCACCGUCACAGGCCAACACCACCAGAUCAUCUGGAAUGGACAUGGAGCACCUAGGAAACAGAGGACCACCAGGAGUAUGUGCAGAUAUAACACAGACCACUAACUUACAAAAUGCUGCAAAUAUUACCAGCAAGAAGGGUUGUGGCAAGAAAAGAGCACUGCCUAGAUAGUGCCUGCUGUAUAGUGAAGUGACACAACUUCACCAGUAUGUUUAUGCUGAAAAUCAUGGUCAUGGUGCUUCCACUUGCAGGUUACUCAGUGGGAUGAGAUAGGAAUGCAAGACAUAGUGCUACCUGAUCUAAUUUAAUGAGC